GCCCGCGCGGCCCCCGCGCCCGCCGCAGCGGCCGCCGCGCGCCCCGCCCCGCCAGUCUGGCACCGCGCGAGGAGGAUGCCGUGACGCCCCGCAGCAGACCGCACCCCAGGACAACGCAGUGCUCCAGGAGGACCCGCCGCGCCCCGCGCCGCGCCCGCCGACCGGCCCCGAGCAGCCCCUAGAGGAUGACUCGGCCAGCCGGCGUGUCUCCUCCAGCAGCAGCGGCUCCAACGGCUCCAACGGCUCCAGCGGGUCGGACCGGCGGCGACGUGUAGGCGUGGUGGCGAUGCUGGACGAGAAGCUGGAGAUGCCUAGCUCGCUGGCGCCCCCCUUGACGGCAUCCUGGCCGGCCGGCGUCACCAAGAGCCUCACCGCACCGGGCAGCACGGCGUCCGACGAGGGCUGCUCGCCGCGGUGCUCUCCGCGAUGCUCGCCCACGAGUAGUCCGAGCCCGAGCCCGACCAGCGAGGAGGAGGCGUGGCGAUGGCCGGAAAAGCAGGACAAGGCGGACAGCAGAGAGCGCUGCUGCAGCUCGGACUCGGCCAUCGCGCUGCCGGAGCAGGACAAUGACAGCGAGGAUGACGGCGCGCAGGCCUGGCCGGUGCACGGCGUCUGCAGCCGCAAGUGCAGCGUGGACGACGCAGCGGACGACGUGGACGACGACAUCCCCGCGGGCAGCGACGCGUCGUGUCAGGGCGACAAGAGGCCGGCCGCCGCCAAGGCCGUGGCGGACGACGGCGCCUUCGACGACACCUGGCGGUCCACCAACAACCUCAACCAGCUGUGCCUCGCGGGACUGAAGGGCCUUAGCCUAGACGAUGUGCGGUGGUCACGCUUUACCGAACACCAGGGCGCCGGUGUGGACGAGGACGCCGAGGUGGAGGCCCUGGUGGCGGACGGUUGCGACGAGCGCGGUCGCCGCGUCAAAGUGUUUUCGUUCGACUCGUACGACUCGGGGGUGUCCGUGUCCGCGCUGCGGCGCGCGUCCACGCAGAGCACGGGCGCCCUCGAGGACGACUCGCACCCCCCGUACCGGUACUGGAGGACGCCCUCCGUCGUCGUCAGCGAUUACUCGGACGACCUGUCCUCGUUCGCCGGCAACGCCGUCACGCUCGACGAGAUCGAACAGUUCCGCUCGCAGUACGCGGCGCGCGUCGCGGCCGGCAUGGAGACGGGGGACUUGUCCUCGACGGACGUGUCCCGCGCGUCCUCGUGCUCCAACCUGCAGCAGCUGGACGCCGACUACGCGCUGCGCUGCACCGGCUCCAGGAAGUCGUCGUACUGCUCGACCUGCUCGACACUCAGCGGUGACGAGGACGGCGUCGUCUGCGACAGCCAGCUGGAGGCAGUGCGACCAAAAACCAAGGUGAGUUCACGAGAUGUGAAUGAAUCUGUUUGACGUAUGCCUGCGGUUGACCCGGAGAAUCCUUUUGUCCGCUUUGCCCACGCGUGCGUACGACGCGCGGCGCACUCGCUUCGCUAGAAACGCUCCGAUAUUAUCCCCUCGACUUG